GGGUAAAUGGUUUUGAAUUGUGAAGUGUUCCGGUCUCUUUGAGCCUGUCAUGUUUCCUGUUGGGGCCCCUCCCUUUGGCACGCUGCUGUUUGCAGCCACAUUUAUAGCCGUCUUCGGGAUUUGUUUGUGCUCUGAGCCGCCCUGUUUCUUCACCGCAGACGCAGGCAGCUGAUGAUGAUGAUGACCCUCUGGGCUGUAUUUAAAGCCCAGGGAAAGCGGAAGCCUGGCCUGACUGUUAUCAGUUGAGAACUGCUAGCUGGUGUAGCCCUACACUGAGCAGCCUUCAUCGUUAGCCGCCUGUGCUGUUCACUCAUACAUAGUUAUUAAACAUGAAUAGAGAAGGAAAUGCGAGCUUUUUGGAACAACAGGACUAAAACAUCACCAAGAAGAAAGAGAAGAAGAAGUAGUCACGGGAGCCACUAGAGAAAACCAGGAGCAGUUUGUGCCUGGCACUACCCCACCCUCCCCUCACCUCCAACCCUUCACACCCUCCAGUCCAUCCGUGCUGCCAGCGAAUGGACCCUGUAACAAUGACGACCGGCGGGUGCUGCCACCUCCCCGGCUCUCUGUGUGACUGUGCCAGCAGCACCGGCCUGUGGAAGAGCGUGGAGGAAGCGGGUGGUGACGGGUGCCAGGCGCUCUACGUCACCCAGGUCACAGCCAUAGAUGGACGGUUGCUGUCCUCCGUGCUCAAACCAAUGAGUGCACAAAGUGAUGGUCCCAUUUGCCGUAUUUGCCAUGAAGGAGGCAGCAGCGAAGGUCUCUUGUCUCCAUGUGACUGCACAGGCACUUUGGGUACAGUGCACAAGAGCUGCUUAGAGAAGUGGCUGUCGUCCUCCAACACCAGUUAUUGUGAGCUUUGCCACACAGAGUUCAGCAUCGAGCGCCGACCGAGGCCCCUCACAGAGUGGCUGCGAGAUCCCGGCCCCCGUAAUGAGAAGAGAACACUGUUCUGUGACAUGGUGUGCUUCCUGUUUAUCACUCCUCUAGCAGCUAUUUCUGGCUGGCUUUGCCUGAGGGGCGCUCAGGAUCAUCUUCAGCUGAGGAGCUGGCUGCAGGCUGUGGGCCUCAUUGCCCUCACCAUUGCCCUCUUCACCAUCUACGUCCUUUGGACUUUGGUAUCAUUCCGCUACCACUGUCAGCUGUACUCUGAGUGGAGGAGAACAAACCAGAAAGUACGUCUGCUCAUUCCCGAAGCCAAGGAGUCGAACUCUUCCCAGCAUUCCUUGCUCUCUAAUAAACUGAUGAAAAAGUCGGCCAGCGAGAGCAUAGUAUGAGACCAAACGGAGAUAGUCAAUGAUAAUGGCAUCUUUUAUGUACGAGGGCUGAUUCCCGAUGCAUCCUGCCCACAGUUUUGACUUUGAAGAAGCACCUGUGGGGAUUUUUUUUGUGUGUGUCGCUUUUUUUUUUUCUUUGCACCAUGGGCUCAUAUUUUUUCACAUAGCAAUUUAUAAUCCUCACAUGGGUGCAGGAAUUAGCACAUUUUAAAGGAAUCUGCCUGUCCUUGUGUCAGGUGUUGACCAAGUUUAUGCAAAGGCACUGAGGAACGGUGAAGGUGGUGGAAGCAUGCAGAAAUGGAGCCGAGCUGUCUCAUCAUCACAGAUGUGACAACAUGACUGGCUAAAACUGACAGCAUAAAACAAGAUGGAUCGAGUAAACUUGUUAAAGAGGACUGUGAAAUUGAAUGAUUGCCCUGCUUGGUUUAACAACCCAUCGAUGGUCAGGUAUAGCACGUCUACUCAUUGUGUAUUGCGAUGAUAAAAGCAACUGCUAUAUACGCCUUUUAAUCGCGUGUUAUGUGGGCACGCACUUACCUACUUGGGGCUUCUCUUCUCUGCCCACUGAGGAUCUCAUUGUAUAAUCACAUAUUAGUCUGUAGUGUAAAGAUAAAAAGCUUUGAUCUUUAAUUUUUAUUUCAUAGUCACAUCUGGAUAUGUCAUCUGAGUGGAAACUUUUAACUCACAGCUUUUACAUCAUCUCAUCUGAGACCAGGCGGCUGCAUAACAUUCGUAAAGCAGAGACUUGUGCAAUAAAACACUGUGGACAUCGAGGUUUUCGCAGUACAACGAAGACAGUUCUACCAACGUGCACAGUUAUGCAUGCAAGCAGCACUGUUAAUAUUUUUUUUUUACUCUUAUUGUAUUCUAAAAUCAUUUUUAAACCACUUAAGAACGAAUGACUUUCCUAUUCCUACUGAAGUAGGGUUUAACAGUGUCCUCAUAGAGGUUCUUGUACUAUCAAUAUGUGACGAGUAGGUAUUUAUAUUUAUAUAGAUGGACAGAGACUCCAUCACGAGUAUUGGUGUGGUGGCUGGGGCAGUGUAUUAAAGCGUUAUCGGUGUUGCUUGUUAUUCAUUUUUGGCGUUUUAUUUUCACAUUGUCAUGUGUCUUUCUUUUUUUUUUUCAUGAUUACAACAGUCAGAGAAUUCCUGCUGUUCUUUAAGUUACGAUUAAGCAUUUGGUCUUAUGUGAUGAGAAACUUUCUUAAUCUGGGAUUUUUAGUGCUGGUAAACCCUAAAGGUAGCCGCCAGCAUUUUGAUGUUACUGACCAGACUCACCUGGGACUGGCUGUGUUGGUAGAGUUGGGAGAUAGCUGAAGUUGAUUACAAACUACAGCGUGUGCCUGGUAUUCAGAUUUCCGGGUCAUAUGAUGGUCCAGUUUUUGUUCUUCUCUAUGCUUAAUUUAGGUUACAGGGAGAUGUCUAAUUGCUUUUUAACGCAUGCUGUAGGCUGUCCACAGGGAGACAAGCUUGUAGAUUUAAAAAAACAAAACAAAAAAACCCUCCCAACAUUACAUGUACUACUAAAAAAAUAAUUUAAUUCAGUGGAUCUAAUGAAGCCAGUACAGCUUAGUAUUGGUCUGAAAUACUUUAAUCAUUUUAAUUUAUAGAUUUGUCUUUUAAUGGGUUGCAAUUAAAAGAAUUCCUCCCCUUAAAGGGGGUGUUUAAAGCGAUAUAAGUUUAAAACUAACCUGACGACGACCUGUUUGGUGGAUUUUUGAUUUUAAUUCCAAGAAAGGAAUUUGUGAUGCAUGACGCCAUCAUGGUGAUCAAACUGUGCGAUGGCUUUUGAUUUACUUUCUAGUAAGUUGCAUUUAAUGAAUGCUUCUGCAUUUAGUAAAUGGACAAAAUCUAUCAUUCUUGGUUAAUUAUUUAAAUAUUUACCUUUAAAUCAAUCAGGCUUGAAUAGUAAUUUAUUAACAUGAUGUGGUGUGUGGUGAUGUAGAAUUUAUAAGAGCAAAAUGUGUUUUUAAAAAGGGCUUGUGGUAACAUUCAGCAGACAGAUCAGCGAAAUUAUUAGUUUCCAGUAAGCAUCGUACAUUUUUCCCUCCUGUUCUUUGUUAAUUUUAAUGCUGCAUAAAUGUGGUAAACCUGAAAUGAGGUUACCAGUUAAGUAGGUGGUGAAGCAUUAGUCAUGUAAAGAUGUCUGUUUUCAGGAGGAACGUUGACAUGUGCUUGUGUUUUCCUCCCUCUUUCCCACAGUGCUGCAUUACCAGUAACGAGUCAUUUCCUUGUUUACAUUACCAGUUCCCUUUGGUACAUUUCACUCCUGCUCGUUUGAUCCGCGUUCUGCCCCAGAUAAAUAUUUGUUUGUGUUUUUAAGAACAAAGGAUUACACCCUGCAGCACCGCGGUGCGCUCGUCUGCCUUACAGGCUUACGAUUAAUUUGGUCAUCCGUGUGUUUACCCGAGAAAGUACUGGAAUCUGUUUGUACGAUGUAGUGCAAGAAAUAACUGAAUUUUUGAUGCAAUGCAAACUUAUUUCCUGUAUUGGGAGUAUCUGCAGAGUUGCAUCAAACUAUGCAACACUUCUCCUUUUUUGGCUACUAAGAAUUUCUGACAGUGUUUUUAGAGAAACAUAAAAAGAGAGUCUAAAAUGUUUGUCCUAAAUGUGUCAUGACACGUUUAAGACAAAUUUGAGUCGGGAAAGCAAAUAUAGAAAGGAAUUUUUCUUUCAUUUCCUUGUUGUUACUCACACAAAUGAACACGCAGAUGUUAAUAAUGUUGCGUUAUAACACAUUUGUGAACUGGGCAUGUUGGGUUUUUUUGUUUCAUCUGCAAUUUUUGUUGCUAUUCCUCAGUAUUUUUUAAAUAUUUUUAAAUACUACAAUGUUUAUGGUGUGCUGUGGGGUGAAGGGAUGUCUUCAUCAAUGUACUGGUACCUGCAAUCAGCCAAGAAAUGUUUGCAAAGCAAAUAAAACAUAAUCAUAAAUUA